GCUACGGAUAGAAACAAUAGGAUCAGGACAAGACAAGUGUACAGUACAGUACGUCAAAUGUGGGAGGUAUCAUGCCACGGGGUAGAAGUGGAUAUUGAAUGCAAUGGAAUUGCGGGGAAGAAGUGUUGUCAGUGUUGUCAGUGUUACUUUCUUGGUCUACUGUUUUCGUUUUCUGUGGUGUAUGCAGUAGGUAUGCGGUGGGGGAUGGAUUGGGUUUAGUCGGGUUGGUGCAAAGUCAAUGGGAGAUAGUAGCUACUGUGUAUGGAUGGAUGGAUUGUAGUGGUAGUAAUCAUGACAAUUAGAUUAUCUGGUACAACCUCACUUAGAAUGUAUCCAAGUAAGUUCUGUGAAAUAGUAUGUGUGACAUCAA